AGUUAACACAACCUAAUUCAAAGUAUCUCGGUAAUAUUUUAAAAUGCAUUAGAGCAAUUAAAGAAUAACCAAAGCACUACGGUAUCAGUUCAGUGUUAACGUGUGAAAUCUUCCAUAUAGCAAGUAAUCGCGAUUUUUACUAAACACAAUAGGCCUGAAGACGUGAACAAGUGUAAAUUUCAUCAUUAUAUAAAUUCAUGUAGAAUAAUAUUGUAAAUGUGGAAACACAAAAUGCUGUAAAAAAAAGCUUAAAUGGUCUCCGCCUUACAUUUCAACCUUUUAUUUAUUUUAAAAAAAGAUAAGGUCGACAUAUGAUACCAGUCGUUUACUCGUAAAUAUUUAAAUAUUGUUCACCUCGGUGGUAUAAAUAGGUUGCCUUUGAAAAUAUCUCGGGUCAAGGUCGCCUAAAAAUAAAUUUGCACAUGGUAUAUGUUGGAACAGUUAUUAGACAGCGAAGUGUAUCUGUCAUUCUUGUUUUUUUUCUACGUGAUUAAACGGAACACAACUGUGUUUAAUGAAAACAAGGAACGGAUAAGUAAACGAAUGCAAAACUAUGUUGAAAAACAACAAAACGAAACGGAAAUGAAAGAACAAACUUGAUUUAAUAAAGUAAACUCAACGAAUGUAUUAAGAAAAUGCUUAAGUUUAACUUGAUGGAGGACGCUUACUGACAAAUGUCUGACCAGGAGCGACAGAGACUCUACGAGGAUAAAGUUCGGGCCCAGAACUGGCGGCGCUGGGGCCCGUACCUCUCGGGGCGUCAGUGGGGCACAGUGCGGGAGGACUACUCGCAUAAUGGUGACAGCUGGUCUUACUUCACGCAUGACCAGUCGCGCUCCCGGGCGUACCGCUGGGGCGAGGAUGGCCUUCUGGGGAUCACGGACGUGCAGUGUCGGCUGUGUCUGGGACUCGCCCUGUGGAACACCCGAGACCCCAUUCUGAAGGAGCGGCUCUUCGGACUCGACAGGCAUCAGGGAAACCACGGCGAAGACGUGAAGGAACUGUAUUACUACCUGGACAACACGCCCACCCACUCGUACAUGAAGGCCCUCUACAAGUACCCGCAGGCGGAGUUUCCGUACACCGCCCUAGUGGAGGAAAGCGCGCGACGUGGGCCUACAGACCCGGAAUACAAGAUUCUUGAUACAGGCAUUUUUAACGAGAGUCGCUACUUUGACGUGACGGCCGAGUACUGCAAGAACAGUCCCAACGACAUCUUGGGCCGCUUCACGGUGGUAAACCGAGGCCCGGAGCGCGCAACCGUGCACGUGCUUCCCCAGCUCUGGUACCGCAACGUGUGGGACUGGGGCGAGGACUGCGAGGCUAAUGUGGACGUGAAACCAAUAUUACUUCUAGACAAAUCCGGGAAAAUUCGUUGCGAGCAUCCUACAUUAGGUGCUCUGGAUGAGCGAUCGCGUCUCAACAGCAUGGACCGCUACGUGGAAGAGAGCGAGGGAGGCUCCGGUGGCGACGGCGGGGCUCACACCCUGAACUCACAGACCAACGUCGUUAGCCACGAUGACGAAGACUCUUUCUUUUUGGAGUUCGGUCCUGCGCCCGACGGCGCGCCAGUUCCGGUUCUAUUCACGGAGAACACCACGAACGCCGAGAGGCUUUACGGCGCCUCGAACCGCGCUCGCUUCGUGAAGGACGCCUUCCACGAGUACGUCGUCAAUGGUUUACAAGAAAAAGUCAAUCCAAAGUCAUAUGGUACAAAAUGCGCCGGACAUUAUGUCCUUGACCUAGCUCCUGGACAGGAAAUCGUGGUGAAACUGAGGCUGUACCAGGGCUGCGAGAGGCCACAGGGUCCCGCCUUCACAGAGCAGUUUGAUUCUGUUUUCAGACAACGAAUUCAGGAGGCGGACAUCUUCUACAAAGAAGUGAUUGUUAGCCCCAACGAGGCUGAACGGCUGAUCGCUCGCCAGGCGUACGCAGGCCUCCUGUGGAACAAACAGUUCUUCUACUACAUCGUCAGGGAAUGGCUCCGAGGGGACUCAAACCAGCCCCAACCCCCAACUGAGCGCCACAGCGGACGCAACUCCGACUGGCAGCACAUCAUCAACAAGGACAUCGUAUCCGUCCCUGAUAAAUGGGAAUACCCGUUUUAUUCUGCGUGGAAUCUCGCGUUCCACAUGAUUCCCAUGUCUCGAGUUGACAUACAGUUUGCCAAGUCACAGCUGGUAUUGCUGCUAAGCGAGUGGUACAUGAACGCCACGGGACAGAUUCCCGCCUAUGAGAACAGGUUUGCCGACAACACGCCGCCGGUGCACGCGUACGCGGUACUCAAGGUGUACAAGGCCUCUGGGGUCAAGGGCAAAAGGGACGAUCUGUUUUUAGCUCGCUGCUUUCAUAAACUGGUUUUAAACUUUACAUGGUGGAUAAACGAAAAGGAUUGUUUGGGUCAGAAUGUAAUCAACGGUGGUCAUCUUGGACUCGACAAUAUAGGCGUGUUUGACAGAUCCAUGUGCAAGUACACCGGGGAUCGACUGAGUACUGCGACGCCGUGGAUGGGUUUCUUCUGCUCGCUGAUGCUGGAGAUCAGCCUGAUCCUGGCGGCCAGGGAGCCAGUGUACCAGGACAUGGCCUCCAAGUUCUUUGAGGACUUCAUCGCCGUCCUCGACUCCAUAAAUGACAUGGACGGCAUAGGCCUGUGGGACGAGGAAGACGGGUUUUACUAUGCACACAUAAAAGACGCCAAGACCUGUGAACCAGUCAAGAUCCGCUCCAUGGCGGGACUCAUUCCGCUCUUCACGACGCUCGUGCUCAAAGAACGGGACUUCCGGGAAAAUCCGGGCUUCGGCAAGCGAACGAAGUGGUUCAUCGAACACAGGAAGGAUCUGUCGAAGAAGGCCUCAUUUAUGUGUCGGGGGAGUGCACGUGACUCAGUGCUGUUGUCGAUCACCAACAAAAAAAAGCUCGUACGCAUUCUACGUCACGUGCUCGACGAAGACAAGUUCCUGUCUCCAUUCGGAUUGCGAUCGUUGUCGAAGGAGUAUGAAAAGGAGCCGUACGUUCUGACAGCGGACGGCAUCAAGUACAGUGUCAAGUAUGAGCCGGGCGAGUCCGAAUCCAAACUGUUCGGCGGCAACAGCAACUGGCGAGGACCCGUGCACCUGCCAACUAACUACCUGCUGAUCGAGAACCUUAGGCGGUUUGACUAUUUCUUCGGGGAAGAGUUGAUGGUCGAGUUCCCCACAGGGUCAGGCUCGUACGCGCGACUGGCGGCGGUGGCCCGGGACCUAGAACGCCGCAUCACAAGCCUCUUCCUGCCCAACGACACGUCUGGAGGCCGUCCGUGCUACGAACCGCACGAGAUCUACAACAAUGACCCUAACUUCCGGAACCUGUUCCUGUUCCACGAGUUCUACGAUGGCGACACCGGAAGAGGAUGCGGUGCCAGCCACCACACGGGAUGGACGGCCCUUAUUGCGAAUAUUCUGGAGAACCAGGAAGAACAUCGAUGAAGAUAAGAUCAACAAGAAAGUUAUUCGAUGAUUACA